CGUAUGCCAUUGGAGCAGGACAACCAUGCUAUUUUCACUUCUUCAAGCACCUGCAUUUCAUUUUUGAACGAACUUUUCCGGUCCAUGUCAUUUAUUAUUACCAAAUCAUGUGCAACAUGGCUCGUGACAUAGAGUGACAAAGAUGAUAUGAAGUAUUUCUACGAGGAAGUGUAUACUUGACAAGGGCAAUAUUAUUUCCAAAACCGUUUGCUGAUAUAAAUCAGAUCUUGUAGCCUCACACCAACAAAGAUGACCUGAUGCCGUGGGUAUGGCCUCCCAUGCUCGGGCUCUCAACCGUUUCUUAAGUCCAUCGACCGUUAACGCCUGGAACUCCGCCAUCCGAGCAUCCGCCAACGAGGGCCUCCACCGGGAAGCCCUCCUUCUGUACCGCCAGAUGAAGAGAUCCGGCCUCCACCCCGACCACCUCACCUUCCCCUUCCUUCUCAAAGCCUGCGCGCUCCUUCCUGAUACCCCCCUCCCCCAAAUCAUCCACGCCCACGUCCUCAAAUCCCCUUUCUCCUCUGAUGUCUUCGUUGGGACGGCGAUGGUCGACAUGUACGUCAAGUGCCGGCAACUGGAGGCUGCGAAUGUUCUGUUUGAAAGUAUGCCCGAGAGAGAUGCCGCUGCUUGGAAUGUCGUGAUUAUGGGAUUUUCUGACCUUGGUUCUCUUGACAGGGUUUUAGCCGUCUUUAACCGCAUGAGAUUGGCCGAGGUCAGCCCUGACUCAAUCACCAUCAUAAGCUUGACUCGGUCAUGCGGCUGCGAGAACAACCCGAGCAUGCUGAAAGCUGUUCAUUGUUUGGGGAUUCAGAUGGGAAUCGGAGCUGAUGUUGCAGUGGCCAACACCUGGAUUUCUGCCUAUGCCAAGUGCGAGGAUCUGGGCUCGGCUGAAUCUGUCUUUACCGAGAUCUCCAUCGAAAUGAGGUCGGUUGUGUCAUGGAAUUCCAUGAUCGCAGGUUAUGCAUAUGUUGGAAGAUCCAAUGAAGCCAUUGGUUUCUUUCGUUCGAUGAGUCGAGAAGGCGUUCGACCAGAUUUGAGCACCACUGUCAGCUUACUUUCGGUCUUCGCGCAUUCUGAAGCAACAUCAGAGGGUAAGCUCAUCCAUUCAGUUGCUAUUAAAGCAGGAUUGGAUUCGGAUGUUUCUUUUAUGAAUACUCUGAUUGCAUUUUACUCGAAAUGUGGAGAUGUCGAUGCUGCACAAUAUUGUUUCAACAACAUGUCUGAGAGGACUCCUGUUUCUUGGACCGCACUUAUCAGUGGCUAUGCCGAAAAUGGAUAUACGGAUGAGGCUAUGGAUCUGUUUCAUGCCAUGGAAGCUGCUGGGGAAAGACCUGAUGCAGUCACUGUGGUUGCUGUUCUCUCUGCUUGUAGCCAAAUGGGAGCUCUUGAUCUUGGCAGAUCAAUGAAUAGGUAUGCAAUUGCAAAUGGGUUUGAAGGCACUGUCCUAGUUUGUAAUGCAUUAAUAGACAUGUAUGCCAAAUGUGGUAGCCUCGGUGAAGCUCGAAGACUUUUUGAUGUCAUGCAUCGAAGAACGAUAGUCUCUUGGACUGCCAUGAUCAUGGGUUAUGCCAUAAAUGGAGAUUUUACAGAAGCUUUAGAUUUAUUUUCUCAGAUGGUGAAAUCAGGAUUGAAGCCGAAUCAUGUAACACUUUUGGCUGUUCUGCAAGCAUGUGCCCAUGGUGGCUUGCUGGAGAAGGGGUUGGUCUUUUUUGAUAUGAUGAGUAAAGUGUAUCACAUAAGGCCUAGAUUAGAACAUUAUGCUUGCAUGGCUGAUCUCCUUGGCCGUCGAGGGAGACUAAAAGAGGCAUUCAGAUUCAUCCAAAGAAUGCCUGUCAAACCGGAUGCUGGUGUGUGGGGUGCUCUCCUUGGUGCUUGCAUAACUCACCACGAGACCGAGAUUGGGAUGUAUGUAGUGAGCCAUCUUUUUGAAUUAGAACCUCAAGCAGCUGCAUCGUAUGUUGGUAUGGCCAAUAUUUUUGCUGCAAAACAGAGGUGGGAAGGUGUAGCAAAGUUGCGUGUGAUGAUGAAACAGAAGGGGAUCAGGAAGUCACCUGGACGGAGCAUUGUUCAGGUGAAUGGAAGGUUUCAUAUAUUCACUGUUGAAGAUAGGACUCAUCCCGAAGGCUUGCAGAUUUAUGAAGUCCUCGAUAAUUUGGCUCUGCUCUUAAAAGAAGCAGGUCAUCAGACAGAUUUUGAAUGUUUAUUGGCAUUUGAAAUGGAAUAGAAGUGGAAUUGAGUCAUCCAUUUUGCUAGAAAGAGGCAUUUUCCUUCUAUUGUGCCCCAAAGUACUUACAAUGGUGGGAAAUAUAAGCUUAAUAACUUGUGUUCAGAUUUGGUUUGCCCAGCAGCAUGCAUCGUCUGAAAAAAAAAAAAUGCCGGUUUUAGUGAAGGGGGUGAUGCCCCAGUCUUCUCACCCCUCCACUGCUUGGGGGAAAUUCUGUGUCUGAAUCUUAGGCAGUGCUUCUCCAAACACUUGGAUCUAGGGAAGGCAUUGGUUAUGACAAGCUCACAAUUGAAGUAUCAAUCCAGUUCCCCAUCAUUAUAGAGAUGGAUUUCUACUAGAAAUGCUGAAGAUCAGACCUUCCAAAUGUUUAAACUUCUGGUUCCCAUGAGGCUAUAUAUUAUACUGCUAUAAAUGCUCUGGAAGUAUCCUUUAGCGCUUAAAGAACUGCAGCUGGUUCAGAUGCUUUUUGCAGCCAAAUAUGGGAAGGAAUUUGUGAGAGCUGCAAUCGAGCUUCUGCCAGAUUGACUGAAAAUAGCCAGAUAACUGAACUGUUAUCUGCUCGGGCUCCUUCGGUGGAAACCAAACUGAAUUUGCUGAAGGAAAAUGCUGAAGAACAAUAGUUAGAUAUGGAUCCAUUUUAAUGUAAAAUAAAGUUCCUCAAGCCACAAUUGGAGAUUUAAUGGUAAGCUGCUGUCAUUAUGUGCUAUUAUCAGGAUACAUAUUCUCUUCAACAGUAUUGGAGAUUAUCUCUAUUAAUCA